CACACACACACACACACACACUACGAAGAGUUCUGAACGACUCCGACACUUUAUUCAGCAUAAACAAAAGUGUCAUUCUCUGUUUUUACUGCAAAUUAGUUUGAUCGGUUUUUCUUCAUUUUGUUUUUCAGUUUUUGGCAAAAACCGAACGAUAGCAGUUUGUUAGAAUCGGCGUUUGAGGAUCAAGUCUAUUUAAUUUUCUCUGCAGAUCGGAGGCAUUGAGAUGCCCUCUGAUUUCACGUCGCUCUUUAGCGCGGAUAUCGACCUCGAUUCGCCCAAGUCCCUCUUCUGCAAAGAAUCAGUAUAUGAUCUUCUCCCCAAAGAGCUGCAGCUGCCAUCUACUAGAGAGCAGAACGCAGCCGCUAUGAGUCAAAACAGUGGUGGAGAGGCAGGACCUCUCCCGGCAACAGCCCUCGCUGCAGAUGCCUCAUCUGCCUCCUCUGCUAUGAACAUGGGAAGUCCUCGCACUGCUUUUCCCAUCUCUACCAGUUCAACCGUGCACUCCACAUCAGCUUCAGAGCAGAUUGCUAUAAAUGACAGCAGCACACCAGGAGAUUCAACCAGCCGAAGGAAAGCUGUGUUGUUGGAAAGCAGGGUCUCCAGCUGCAACAGGGUGUGCGAUGAAAAAGGUGAAUCCAGCCAGCAGACUCAACAGCAACACCUGAUGACGCCUUCCAAACGGUCUGUCCUCAACAUCUCGCCUCCACCCGAAGACCUGCUUGAUGACAGCCGCAUGUCCUGCCAGGAUGACCUUCAACUGGACUCAGAGCAGAGCAGCAGCAUCUGGAUAGAAAACUCAGUCUCCAACUUCAGCAUCGUGAGCUCCAGCUCCUACAAUGACAACACUGAAGUGCCCCGCAAGGCCCGCAAGUGCACUCCGCGGCAGAAGCCCGGACCAAAGCCGAUCCCUGCUGAAGAGGCCAGCAUGGAUGUCUUUGAUGCAGAUAGUGCCAAAGCUCCACACUUUGUGCUCUCACAGCUUGGCCCAGACAACAAGGCCUGUUCCAAAUCAAGUUCUGAUGGACCACAAUCAUCUGGUCACAAAGCUGGGAUACUGUCUGGUCAGUAUCCUCAGAAAAGUGAAGGGAAAGAACUGAAGAUUCUGGUGCAGCCUGAGAGUCAGCAUAGAGCCCGUUACCUGACAGAGGGCAGCCGUGGGUCUGUGAAAGACCAAACACAGCAAGGUUUCCCUACUAUCAAGCUUGAAGGAGUGAAGGAGCAAGCGAUCCUGCAGAUUUUUGUGGGCAGUGAUGCUGGACGUGUGAAGCCUCAUGGGUUCUACCAGGCCUGCAAAGUUACAGGCAGAAACACAACAGCCUGUAGAGAAGUGGACAUUGAAGGCACCACUGUUAUUGAAGUGCCUCUGGACCCCAACAACAAUAUGACUCUGGCUGUAGACUGUGUGGGGAUCCUUAAGCUCAGGAAUGCUGAUGUGGAGGCCCGUAUCGGGGUGGCCGGAUCCAAGAAGAAGAGCACCCGUGCCAGGCUGGUGUUCCGAGUCAACAUCCCACGCCUCAAUGGCUCUGUGCUCACGUUACAGACCUCAUCGUCCCCCAUACUGUGCACCCAACCUGCAGGAGUACCUGAGAUACUCAAGAAGAGUUUGCACAGCUGUUCAGUUAAAGGGGGGGAUGAAGUCUUCAUUAUUGGAAAAAACUUUCUUAAAGGAACCAAGGUCAUAUUUAAGGAGAAUGCUUCAGAUGAUAAAUCCUGGAAAGCGGAGGCUGACAUUGACAUGGAGUUUUUCCAUCAGAACCACCUAAUUGUCAAAGUACCUCCAUAUCAAAACCCAGCUAUUACAUCUCCUGUGGCUGUGUGUAUCUGUGUUGUGACAAAUGCUGGACGUUCCCAUGAUGUGCAACCAUUUACAUACACUCCAGAACCAGUUGUUGAUUUGUCUGUGAAGAAGGAAGUUUUACCUCCAGUGACACCCUGUUGUUUUGAACAAGUCAAAGUAGUAAUGGACAGUGCCUUGAUGACCCCAGUUUUGCCUCUUAUUAAACGAGAAGCAGUCACUCCAAUGGAGGUCUCCAGUAACCCCUCAGCCUUCAAGACCUCAGAUGUUAUCAAUUCAGCCCAGCAGGCCUUAGAGAUGAGUACUGAGAUCCCCACCAAUAUUUGCACAUUUUCCAGUCCUCUGUCCCACCAAACAAGAGAACAGGAGCCAUCACAGAACUCUGUCUUUUCCAACAAAGAGCCCUUCAGCACCAUCCAAGAACAGGACCUUGCGCCCAGCAGCUCUUUUCAUGUGCCAAAUAAAUCUCUUCUCCAGCAAGGAGUCCAGCCAUUCCUUUUGGAACACAGAGACAGCAUUGGACAGGAGAGGUCCAGCAACACUGGUGGUUCAGUGGUGGGGCUCUCUCAAAUAGACGACAACCCUCAGCAACAGCUGUCACUUCUACCUCCCGAUGAGGUGGCACAGCUGGAGCAGGCAGUACGGCAGCUGCAAGCAAAGGGAUUCUGCAACAUCCAACUCCAAUCUGAGAAUUCACUGUCAACACAGCGACAACAUCAGCUUCAGCAGCAGCAACAGCAAAUCCAACAACAGCAGCAUCAAAUCCAGCAUCAACAGCAGCAAAUUCAACAGCAACAGCAGCACAUCCAGCACCAAGAGCAACAUAUUCAGCUGGUGCAGCAGCAGCAAGUUUUGGAGAACCUUCAACAUCAGCUCUUUCAGCCGCAGGUUCAAAUUCUUUGUAGUUCAGAGCAGCAGAGCUCUUCCCAGGGUAUGGUGCAGAAUGGAAGUUCACUCUUCCAGCAGACACCUCCACCACCACCACCACAACAACAGGCAGCCUUAUUUCAGCAAGCCAAGAAGCUCAUAUCUAUUCAAACUGGCUUUCUUCAGCAGCAACCCAACCAUUCCUCACCUUCCCUUUUUCACAACCCUACGGCCAUGGCUGAAGUCCAAAGCCCCCAGGAGGCUCUUUUUCACACUCAGAAGACCUCACCCAACCAGGAUCAGGUCCAAGCUUCCCUUUUCCAAAGCAACCUCACGGUUCUCAGUGGAUCCGGUCUGUCCACAGAAGCUCAGCCCUCUGCUACCAGUAUGUUUCUUUCCCAGAAUGCAGUACCGGGUCAGCUCAAUGCCAGUCAACCUCAGCAGCUGUCUUUCCUCACUUCCAUACAGGCAUCUUCUCUGGAGGCCCCCUCUGUAUUCCAGGCUCCAACCCAACUAUCUCCCAACCAGCAAAGCACUCCAAUGGAGCAGCAGCAGUCACCACAGCGGGCCCAACCUGGUUCCCUAUUCCAGAGCAUCUCCCAAUCGUCAAGCAAACUCUCCUCUGGCCAACAACAGCAGCCUGGUCUUCUCCUCAGUUCCUUAACAUCUGCAGUGACACAAGACCAAACCUCCAAUCUGUUAUUCAGUGGCCAAGUCCAAAUUUCAUCGAUGAACAACAGCGCCUUAACUUCCCCAGAACCACAGAACACCUCCCUUCCCUUCACUGUCAGGCAGCAGGAGCCAUCUGAACCCAUGAUGUUUCAGGAUCAGACUACUAUGGUGAUCAACCCGUCCUCAAACAAGCCCAUGUUCCAGGACCAGCAACCCAUGCAGUUGGCGCCAAGUUCUUGUACAGGCUCUUCACAGUCUGUAAACCUCUUCAUGGCCCAGUCCAACUUGCCAGGGGGAAUGGCUUCUCAAGAAACACUUUUUGCACCACAAAGUGAUGUAGCUGGACUUCAGACCAGCACUUCUUCUCCAGUACAACAUCCUGGUCCCCUCUUUCAGACUACAAUGAGUGGAAGCCUCAACCAGCCCAACCAGAAUCAGCAGCCCAACCUCUUCCUCUUUGAGAUCCAGAAUGAGUGCCGUCAAUUGAUGAACUCCCAAGGAACCACGCUGUCUGAUCAGAUCAUUGCCAUCAAUCAGUCUGGUCAGAGUCAGCAAGAGAGCAAAGGGCAAAUCCAGUGUUUACUUGGGCAACCCUUGUCAGACCCUGGAAUUGUGCAGAACACCAUGACAACCUCUCAGAACAUGGAGAAGAUUGAUGACCUUCUGGUGAGCCUUCAGGAGCAAGGCAAUAACAACUCCCACACAUAUUAGAGCCUUCAAGCUUUAGCUUUUUGACAUUUCCCAUCCAUAUAUGUUGGUUGACAUUUCUUGCACACAUAUUGGAUAUUUAGAUUGUUGGAGAUAUUUUGCUCAUACUGAUCAUUGAAAAUAACUAUUUAUUCUUACAAAGUUCUCAGAGUAGGACAUUCACUUUUACAUAACUCCACCCAUGAACUUCGAGAAACUGGCUGUUGACAGAUUUGGCAAAACUUGUUGGAUAAUCACAGUGGAUCUACAAGUUGUCUACAAAUUAAGUUUUGUUAGUCCAUUUUAGCUAUUACUGUUUGACAGCACUUUUGGAGAGGAUUUAGAAGAGCAGGACACAUGUGGUGACUACAGUUAUACUUUAGUGGCAUCACUACAAAUAUUAACAUAAUUUCUGGAUUCCACACAUCUUUUAUGUUGUCCUGUGAUGUCUGUUUUUAGCUGUGAACUAAACUAAUCAUAAAAAAACAGAAUGCCUGCUAUUGGUAUGUCUCGAUACAAGCAGUCUGCAGUGAGAAUUUCUGCCUCAGUACACUUGAGUAUCUAUGUAUAAGCUAUUUUUCAUUUCAUGUUUUAGAUUAGUCAAACUGCGAAAGAAAAUAUCUAUAUGAAAAAUAAACUAAAUGUGUUUUGGCAUUUUCCUACAGCACUUCUUAUAUAAGUUUUCAGUGUGGUUAGUUACUCCUGAUUUUACAAUUUGUCAAGAUUUCUAUCUCUAUCUCAAAUGUUUACUGUACAUAUAAUUCUACUGUCGUUCAUCUGUUUAGACUUCUGUUUAUUUUAGACUGGUCAAUUUAAUAGCAUCAAUCAGAAAAUGCACAUUCAUGGUUAAAAAUCCGAAUCAGAUUAUGAAAUACAAAGAACCUUCAUUUAGCUUCUGCUAUUUAAUAAUAAUUAAAAAAAAAAAAAAUCUUGCCAUCUCAUUUAGCUUGAGUGAUUUCGGAUGUCUGCUUAAUGUUUUGCAUGUCUGAGUGUCCUAUAUACAUGCACAUUUGUGACAUUUAAGAUAUUUCUAAAAGUGUCUCGUGUUUUCUUCUACUUAUUUUAAAAUAUUUGCGUGAUGCUCAAAAUAUCUUUUGUCAUUAUGGUAGUUUAUUUUAUUUGCCAGCGUCUGGAACGCUGGAAGAGGGCAGAUUGCUUUUAAUGGCAAAUCAGAAGGGAGUGUCAAACCAGUAUUACAGACAAGUUCUCUAAAUAUACUGGCAUACAGUAUAGAUAUAUACUGGCAUACAGUAUAGAUAUAUACUGUAAAUGCUGGGAAGCAACCCUUUAAAGGAAGUAACCCUUUAUCUAUUUUAGUAGAAAUAGAGUUUGUUUCAAGCAUUUAGCCUGGUCAUAAACAUAACUGUAAAAUACAUUUGUAAAAUUUUAAUUUCUAGGGCAUGUCAAGACUUCAGACAAUUAUCAAGUUUGCAUCUACUUCUUGACAAAUUAUCUACUACAUGGCCAGUUCUGUGGCUCAAAUGGAUGUUUGCAUAUUUGGUUGUGAAGUGAGUUUGUUUUGAAUGCAUAGAAACAUUAUGUGAGCUCUAUAUUUUCGGUAAUUUCAAGCUCAUACUGUAUAUGUGUUUGGGUGUCAGGCGCGAUGUAAAGCUGCCAAACUAGAAUCAUAGGCUGGUGUGAAGUUAGUUGGCAGAUAUUGUUUUGUUGUUAGCAUAAGGGUAAGUACAUACAUUAUGAGGGAGCUGUUCUCUGUAAUGUCAAAGAAAUGGCUCAUUUGAGCCUGCUAUGUUUGGUAUUAAAUGUCAAAUUUUUUGACCAUUUUCUUUGCUCAGAAACUUUGGUGAUUUUUAUACCUACUUUUUAGUAGAAACUAUUUUAACCUCUUUUUGGAGAUGUUUUGCUUGAAGGGUGCUGUCACAUAUUUCUGAAUGAGAAAGAACUGUGAAUUUGAACUGGAAAAAAGCUUUCCAUGACUCAUCUUCAUCUCUGUACAAUACUAAUUUUUCUUUUAUUUUUGUUGUUUCCAUAUUACUCUAUUUAAGUGAAUAUUGACUUUUUCACCAAACCUCUUUUUAGAAAAUAUUAAUUUAUUAUUAUUUUCAAGGUUAUGUCUCAAGUCUCAAGAAUUUUCUCAGUUAAAAUCAAUGCCUAUGUUACAUUUUAAUUCAGCUGCAUAGUUGUUACAACAUAUUUUAUAUUUAGUUUGUUUCUUUUAUCUGAUAUCUUUUCCAGAAGAAAGCAUAUGUGCAGACCAUAUACUAUUAUAACAUGAUCAUUAGGCUGCAGAGGUGUUAAUUACAGUAAUUAUAAUAAUGCACAGUGAUACAAUUGUAACAUUCCUGUUGUAGUCUCACUAUUGCAAUGCAUAAUGCAUAUGUGGUCAGAACAGGAUUUCUGAUAAUUAUUUUAUUAAACCUUUGGAAAAUUAAAGCCAUAUAAUCCAACAUUACCCCUCAAAAUUAUAUUUUGUGUGAUUCAGAAAUGCACCAUGGGACCAAUUAUUAUUUAUUUUUAUAAAUACAUUUAUAAUUCAGAAAUCCAAUCUUCUGUUUUGGGUAAAAUAUCAAAAAAAUAUUAUUAAGCAAUAAAUGUACAAGAUAAAGUUUGCAAGUGCAAUGUCUGUAUUUUUGAAAGGGUUUUCUUUUACAAUAUUCUAUUUUUCACAGUACAAAAUUACAAAUGAGGCUUGGCAUAUCAUUCCUUGUUUCUAAUAAACAGAAAUACUAAAUCUAUUCCAAAAAAUACGCCUCUAAAAUGACUUAUUUCUGUAAGUUGCAUGAAGUGGUGAGUUUAAUUGGUAGUUGUGCCUUGUGAUUUGGUGAUUCCUUAUUGCCAUUGGGGUUUUUUUAACAAGUAGUUGGACCUCAGUCAUUACACAAUGCCCCUUUAAAAUAAGUUCAAAGAAAUAUGCAUGUCUAAUAAAUUUCAAUUUACAAAUGACUAGAAAAUAAAAUAUUUUUUACAAAAUCACAAUUACUUUUCAUUUUAAUAUAUGCUUAGUUUUAAACUUUAUGCAGCAGUAAAUACGUUGCUUUAAGCUGCUAUGCAGUUACACUGAGUGCAAGCAAAAAAACAUUUGUCAUAUUCAGUUGGACUUCUUUAAUCCUUUAGCAAAGAGGAACUUAAACUGUUAUGGUUCUGUUGCUUUUUAUGAUAAUUCCUAAUGUGCCAUAAUGAAUGGCACAAUAGUUAUGUCAUUCUUAUGGCAAGCUACUUUAAUGUGUCAGUUCACUAGACAAAUAUGGUGUUAAAUGAGUGCUGUUUGUUGUGUCUCUUAUUUUGUUUUGAAAUUGUUAUGACUGACAGUUGAUAUUGGAUGUAAAGCUGAAAUGCAUUAUUAGCUACUUCUGAAAUAUUAACUGUGACACUUUAUAAAUAUUUGUGCUUUUGGUUGGGCAUUUUUACUCUUUCAGCUAUUUUUCUGUAGAUGUGCUGCUAUAUAUAUAAAUAAAAUAGGUUAAAAUA